AUGGAUAAUGCUACCAGUUUCGAUAAAAGCGAUAGUAAAAAACAUAUAGAGGCUAAUGAAAAUAAUGAAAGUAACUUAUUAACAAUAUAUUCUUUUAUUAGCAAUUAUGUACUUAAAGAAGAUAAUAAUUAUGAGGAAGAUUAUAAUAGAUAUGAAUUAUUGGAAAGUCAUGAUUUAGAAAAUAAAUUUCUAGACAAAAAGGUAAGUUUUAAUGAGUGCAAUGAAAAAGAUUAUGAUUAUUAUAUAAAUAAUAAAUAUUGUGACAUCGAAAAUGAUAAGGAAAAUUAUGAUGAACAGGAAUCGGACGAAGAAGAUAAAGAAUAUGACGAUGAUGAAAAAGAAGAUGAUGUUUAUUACGACGAUGAAACUGAUGAAAACGAUAGCACUGAAGGCUAUGAAAAAGGGAUUACCAAAGAUUUUUCUCUAAAAAUAAACGAAGACGAUGCUUAUAUAGAUAAAGAUUUUGCAAAGCAAAAGCUAGACUCAAAUCAAUCUUUGGAAUUAAAAAAAAUAACACAUAAAAAAACUUGUAAAUAUAAAAAAAAAAAUAAAAAAGGAGAAAAAAUUAAAAGAAAUAAUAUUUCAUCGAUGAAUAGCAAUUAUAAUGAUAGACUUAAAAGAAGCAUUAAUAAUAUAUCCUCUUAUUUUAUGCUAUCAAUGGAAAAUUUAAAUGAAGAAAAAAACAUGUUUAAAGACGAAAAACAACUAUCUAGACAAAUGUCUUAUUAUAAUGAUGCAUAUUAUUAUACAUCCGAAAUGAUAUAUAAAGAUGAUAAAAGACAUAAAGAGAAGCUUGCAUUAUAUUUAAGACUAAUGUCAUUGUUUAUUAAUAUAAUGAUUGGAAUUUAUUUAAUUUCAUAUUUUCCACAUACCCGAAGUAAUCAAAAUGGAAUGGAUAUUCAAAAUAUGCAUUUAAUGGAAUAUGAAAAUUUAAAAAAUGUUAUUAAAAAUGAAUUAGAAAGUAAAAAUAACAUGGCAAAUAAUUUUAACACAUUAUUUAAUAUGGGCCAUAUUGAUGUGUUUAAAAAUAACCAAAAUAAGCAAAAAUAUUUAGAUAUGCUUUAUAAAAUUGGACAAAAGUAUAAUGACAAUAAGGCAAUCAUAAAUCGAGGUGAUCAUACUAACAAUCAAAACGAUGAUAAUAUCGAUAUAAGUUAUGCUACACAGAUCGAAAAAAACAACAUUGAACUAAACAAAUAUGUAAGAGAAAUAGAUAUUGUAAAUUUAAUAGACGACAAAUAUGUUAUGAAUUAUAUUUAUAUAGAAAUGAAUAAAAUAUAUAGAUAUGCUGUUUAUUCAUUUUUUGGAGAAUUAUUUGUAAUAUCAAUUAUUGUCUUAUCAUUAUUUAUAUUAAAAUUAUUUAUAAAGGACAAUAAUAAGUUUAGUGUUAUAUUAACAAUGUAUGGUAUUUUUUAUAAAUUAUUCUGCUAUAUAUUUGCUCAUUAUGUUUUAGUUAUGGGAUUAUAUAUCUUAUCAAUUUAUUAUAAUAUAUAUGUAUAUAGAGAUAUAUAUGAACAUAGUUUUAAUUUCUUCUGUUAUCAUUAUGUAUAUAAUAAUAUACAUAUACAUCUACUUAUGUUAUUUUAUGCAUUACAAAAUAUUGUCUUCACAAUAAAUGAUACCUUCAAUUGUCUCAGAAUGACAAUUAUAAUUAUCAAGCAUUUGAUAAUCAAAAUAUAUGAAAAAAUCACCUGUAAAAAUUUUAUUACAUUUUAUGAAUUAGAAGAAGAUAAAUCACCAUUAUCAUUAAAUUGUAUGAACAAAUUUAAGUGUAAACAUUGUUUAAAUGAUAAAUGCUGUAGAGACAAAAAUUGUGGAGAAAUUGAUAUAGACGAAAUUCACCAAUUUGAAUAUGCAAAAUCGAAAUUCUCGUUUACAGAUAUAAAUCAAAAACAAUAUUGUAAAAAUUUGGAUAUCAAAACAUAUGAACAAUCCCUUUUAACCAUGCGAAACCCGUUAUUUAAGUAG